CAGAGAGGGGCAUGACCGGAGACGAGAGUGGACCAACCGUACCACGCUGGGUUCAUAGCGCAUUAGUUCAGCGGCAGAUCGCAUCGUAUCGCAGCCCACAGGAGUGCGGAGGUCACGCACGCCAAGUGUCCCUCUACCUCUUUCUGUCUCUGUGUCUUUGUGUUCCUGUCCGGACGCCGAUAAGCAUGGAAGACCCUCACUAGAGCCACCACGGAGAGAUACACGUUAGUACCGAGCAUGGCUGUGGACGCCGCGUCCAGUUUCAGUUUCUGCCGGGCUGCGCUGGACCACACAGUCUCGGCGGAGGAGCUGAACUAUCAGCUCCCACGGAAGGCCGGUGGUAACCUGACUUGGCAUGACGGCCGCAGCCCUAGGACAGCGGGCAGGACUGUCAAACUACUGCAGCAGCCUGGCACUGAGGGAAUACAGAUUCGUCCAGGUGAGGCCUUCGCAGUGUAUCACACCAGUCCAACAUUGUCUAGUCUGUCAAAGCCUGUAGUGCUGUGGACACAGCAAGACGUGUGCAAGUGGCUGAAGAAGCACUGUCCACAUAACUACCUGACCUACGUGGAGGCCUUUUCUCAUCACGCCAUCACAGGUCGUGCUCUGUUGAGACUGAAUGGUGAGAAGUUGGAGCGUAUGGGCAUCGUGCAGGAGACACUGAGGCAGGAGGUGCUGCAGCAGGUCCUCCAGCUGCAGGUCCGAGAGGAAGUGCGUAAUCUACAACUGCUCAGCAGAGCAUCUUUCGGCAACUUUUCUUAGCUCAUCCAUCCAUUUGGCAGCUCUCUCCUCUCCGCCCAACACAAUGGAUCCCUGAUAAGGAGAGGAGGCCCAGCUCCAAACUGACACUGACAGAGGAGAAGAUAAAGAGUGCGAAUGAGAGAGAGAGAGAGACUGAGCUCAGGCUGGUGUUAGAAAAGAAAAAGUGCCAUUCUUGGCCAAAGCAGAGACUAGAAUGUCUGCAUGCCAAGCCAAGCUGAUGCGCUUUUAAAGGACGCAAGCUGAGAAAGACAAUGCUACAUUCAUACUGUAAUAUUACAAUAGGAUUCAAUGCUCACCACUUCUGCACUGAACUGCAUUACCAAGUGUUUCAUCAAAAGACAGGUCAGCACUUUGACACUCUGCUCUUAUUGGACUGUGGAUGCUGAGGAACUUCCCAUUAAAGCUGUGGCCAGAUGGACUGUUGAUGAAAAUCAAUUAACUUAUGGGAAAGGAUGCAGGAACAUGAACAAAGCAAUCUGCUUCUGGUCCCCGAGUUCAUCCAGUUGGAAGCAUGAGCCAAAAGAACACAAGAGCUGGGCUUUGGUCUUUCCUUUCAGAAAAAGAUAAUAAAAAAAAACAAAACAAACAAGCUAGAUAGCUACUAUUAACUGGUCACUGAAUCACUAAGUUCCCUCUAAAAUCCAGAAGGUUGCCGGUUCGAUCCCCUUUGCUGACAGUCCAUGACUGAAGUGCCCUUGAGCAAGGCACUUAACCCCCCAAUUGCUCCCCAGGCGCCCACUGCCCACUGCCCCCUAGUGUGUGUGUGUUCACUAGCGUGCAUGUAUGUGGAUGUUUCACUGCAUGGCUGGGUUAAAUGUGGAGGUCUAAUUUCACAGUGUGCAAACACAGUGACGAAUGGUUGUUAAUUCUAUUCUAUUCUAAAUCACCACCCGUAAUUUUGGGCAAAUGACUGGUGUGACCGCUACUUUAUGCUAACCAAGGUUAGCCAGCCCCCUACAAAGUCCUAUUUCUUACAAAUGAAUUGAGAAAAUGUCAAAACUGACAUUGUGCCAGCUCAGAUGGGUUAUCCAUCAAUGAAUUCACAUCUAUCAUCAACCUACAUGGACAGGAAGAUGAAAAAUUCAUCUUCCUGAAGUCAAAACAAAAAACACUGUCAUCCUCCUUGCCCUGUCAAAAGACAAAAUACCUUUUGUCUGGAUCUUAUAAGAAUUGAUGUGCUGCUGUCAGCAGAAAUAGAGCAAAUAGAAUUAGUAUUCUAGAGUAGAGAAGUCAGAGAUUUGAAUGCCUAGAGCCCUCCUGUUCUUGACACACGUGCUUUGUUAUUUAAGGUCAAUGGACGGCACAUUGUAUUUAAAUGGACUCAUUGCUGAAUGUCAAUAUCGAUAGACUGGCACACUUCAUAACCAACCUUCAACAAUGUAUUUGAUUUCUUCUCAGGGUGAGAAAAUUAUUAUUUUUUAAUACAUGCUAAUAUUGUCUGCUGCCCAUUGUAGCCCUUUCCAAAAAGCACUUAAAUUAUAACCUAUGAUUUGGAUGCCCUUUUUAGGUCUUGAGAUGUACACAAUGUAGCUGUCUAGGCAUUUUCUUUGUAUACAAUAAACACUGUUUCUGUAAGAAGCAUAAAUAAAGUUUAUAUGUUAGGGAUACAUGUUUAGAAUCUAGGAAUGAUAAUUGUCAUUACUUGUAGAAGUAACUCAGAGUUGUCUCUGCACUGUUCAAAGCAAUAAUAUGAUUGGUCGCUGUGGAAUAAUGAUGGUGAUCUAGGUUAUGAAAUUCCAGCCAUGCCCUCAUCUCCUUUUUAAAUGUGUCAUGCUUGGAUGGUAAUCUGCACUUUAAAAAGGGCACCUGUUUGUGUUACGCCACUGUUGCUCCCAAUAUGGUUGUCCAAUCAAACGCCACUGAGUGACCUAAUGUGUUAUGUAAUGUAAGAGGGUUGAUCAAGGGUCAGUUUUUAUCUUUGAAAUCAAAGUGAAUAUGACUACAUAGAAAGAGUUGACUGAUCGUGGAUCAAAAUUCUUGCUUCAUAAAUAUGGGCCUUUAUGUCUUCUCUUUCAAAGGCACAACCAUCACCAUUAUCACUGUGCUUUUAUCUUUUAUCUCUCAUGCUUAAGAAUUAUUUAUAUAGUCUUGUAGACAUUGGAACCCACAAACAUUGUGAUAUCUGUGUAACAUUUAUUCUUUGUGUAUUACAGAAAGAUUUUCUGCAAUACUGUAGAUUUCUGAUGGGAUGAAACAAAAAUUUAGAAUAUUAGAGUAUUUUCAAAGAACCCACAUCACAGAAAUCUGAAUUUUGAAGAUUUUAAUUAAAAGUGUUUGAUGUAGGAUAUAAAUAUUGUUAAAGCACCAUUCAUCCUCAGUCCAUGUGGUCUACGUGAACUAUUCUACCAUAAAAAAAAUUAAUAAAUAAUAUUUACAAGAAUUAUGUUAUGAUCUAUUCAAACACAAUGCAUUAACUGAGAUAGUAAUAUACUAAAAUAUACAAAAUCAUAAUUUAUGGGGUACUUUCUGUUGGGAGGUAGCAGUCCCAAACCCUAACUCCUCAAUUUCAACUUAAUGUUUUUUUCCUUUAAAAGUAAUCUUUGAUUUUUUUGAAGUUAAAAGAUUUAGAUAUUAUGAGUUUGAUUUUAAAACAAAAGAAAAUUGUGUUCAAAAAUGCUGUCCAAUGUUUUCAUGUCACUACCAAAACAAAGCGUUUUAGUUCAUAAGUGUAGCCUUAUUUUAGCCACACUCCUGCAUUUUAGAGCAGGAGGUGAGACUACAUCCCUGUCCCUCAUGGCCACAUGGUGAGCAGAUCCCAUUGUUUUAAAGGAAAUGAGUCAGUGUGUAACCCUGUCAGUAUUGAAACAUUUCUUUUCUGCAGUUAAGUUUUCUGUGUUUUAAAAAGUAUUAUGUACUAGAUCUUUCACUGGCAAACAGUCCUACUGGCAUAUUGACUCUGGUUUGUGUACAUGCCCAUUACUAGUAAAUUCCUAUAUAAAAA